UAGUGGGUAUAUGGGUCUUGCCAAACACGGUCUUAAACGUUAAACCCUAGAACCCCGGUGGAUUGAAACCAAAACCAUUUUCACAGUCGCAGAGCGAUCUGUACCUGAAGAAACGAAACAAUGGCCGCCGUCGCCGCCGCCAGGUCCGUGUUCCGUUCCGCCACUAGCUCCGCCAGGUCCGCCGCAACCAGACUCUCAACCGGAGCCAAAUUCCGGGCCUCUGCCUCCCAAUUCCGCUUCCCCACGCAGAAGCCCCUCACAGCCCGCAUCUUCAGGUCUCCCAUGGAGCUCGGAUGUGUUAGAGUAGAGACUAUGCUUCCAUAUCACACCGCGACGGCCUCUUCUUUGCUUAAUUCCAUGAUCUCAAUCGCACCCCGAAGCCGUGCUUGGAGUAUUGAAGAUUUGUGAAUCCUGCAGCUUCCCACCCUCAUGUAGUUAGUUAAUCAUGGCUAUGACUCCACCUCCAUCUCAUUGGCUUGCAUUCACAGCUUGAAGAUGUUGCAAAGUCUCCUUUUAAAAAACAAAAUGAUGCAUGAUUUUGUCGUUUUUGUCUCUAUAUUCUUGAAAUUCUCAUGGGGUUGUUCGUUUAUGUGGCCUUACAUGAAUGCCUUUCUCUUUACAUUGUAGAUGGAUGAUUGUUUAAAUGUGUUCGUGAAAGAAAACCAAACCCUUCACGCCUACUCCGUCUGUACACUCUCUGAGGGCAAUUUUUGUUUGGUGCAUAUUUCAAUGCUUAACAUUGAGCAAUGGGAAACCCCAUAGGGUUUGGAUUAUCUUGUUAUGGUAUGCUGAUGUGUUGAUUUAUUGAAUAAGAUGGUUUCUAAUAUUUUUAGAUUCUAUUUAAGUGUUCUUCGAAUAUGUUUGGAAAUGUGUAAAAGACGAAUAUGAUGCCAUAGCUUAAGAUCUUUGAGAUGAAGCCGUGGCUUGGUGUGAU